GUUAAUGAAUAAGUCAAGAGAUUGGAAUAUUGUUGAUGAUGAGUUAAAUAGAAAAUUAAAAUAGUUAGAUGAAAUAAGAUCAUAACUUGAUGAUUAAUCAACUGAAUAACUACUGUAAAAUAAAGAUUAGAAUUAGGGUAUUUAAAAUCUAAUUCAAAUUUAGAGUAUAAUAGCGAUGUUAAUUAUUAUAAGGAGUUUUGGAGAUAUUACAUUCUAAAUGAAAUGGCAAUUAAAAAAGUAAAUGAAUUACAUUCCCAAAAUUAAAAAUUACACGAAUUAAUAGGCGAUAUUGACGUAAAUCUAAGUGAUAUUUUAAAGAAAUUAUAAUAAGAAUUGCAUAUUGCUUUAAGUUAUCGUCACAAAAAGAAAAAUAGAAGGACUUCUUAAGAAAUUGAAAAGAGUUUUGUAUGUCCUUAUGAAAAAUGUAAUAAAUAAUAUGGUAGUGAUGUUUCUUUAAAUCUUCAUAUUAAAUUGAAACAUGAUGGAGGUAAUAAAACAGACAGAGAAAAAUUUGCUGUAAAAAUAUAUUUAAUAUUAUUCUCUAUAGAAGAUGAUUAUUGAAGCUCAGCAAAAUGGUGAAACUAUCACAGAUCUGAAUAUUAAUAUUAAAUUUCCUCCUGGUUAUUUAGAUGUAAUCAUUCAAAUCAUUUCAUAGUAAUUUAAGAAUCAAUUUUUAAGUACUUAGUAAAACUAGUUAAAUUAAGAAAGAUAAUCAAUCGAAUAAGAUUGAAAUUAAAUUAAAUAUAUUAGUUUUGUUUUUUUAUUAAAACUCUUUAAUCCUUCUAUUUUGUAUUCUAAUAACUUAAUUAUAUUAUUUUAGUCAUCUAUAUCAAUAAUAUUAUAAAAAAUAAAUUAAGUUUUAAUUAGAGUUUUAAUAUUUUAAAUUAUAAUUAUUUAAUUUUAUGUUAGCAUUCAUUAUUCUUAUUUGGAUUACAUCUCAAUAAUUAUUAACACAUUAAACUUUGAGACCUUAAAAAAUUAAUUAUGAAUUAAUAUCUGAAAGAAUAGACUGCAAAUCAAAUUAAUCAAUAAUUCAUGAUAUUUGUAAUAAUUGCAAAGCAAAUCAUGCCUAUAGAUUAGAUGAAGAUAAUUGGUUAAUUGUUGGAGUAUAUCAUCAAUUUGGGUAUGAAUUAAUUAUUAAAUUAGUAAAGAAUAUAAAGAAUUCAUUGAAUCUAUUCAAUAAUAUUACUAAUAAGGUAUUAUAUAUGCAACUUUUAAUUCUGAGUUUAUCUGUAUUUCCAUUUAAGAAGCAAAUGUAAAUUUAGAAGAAUAUCUAAACUAAAUUUAUGGUUACCAAUUACCAAAAUCUUUUUAUUCAUUGAAAAAACGUACCUUUUUAAUUUUAUUAGGUCUGUAACAUGCGUGAAAUGUGAAAUUGAUGU